AUGGAGGAGGAGAUGCUACCAGCGGACGAGGGUCUGUCUGCACCCAAAAUCUGCAGACAGAAGCGAGGUCCCUACCACACUCUCAAGACCUUCCCGAGCAAGCGGACAGCGGGGAAAACGAGAUACGACAGACCCACAAUGGUGGAUAUCCCGCAGCUAGGAGACGUCGGAGGGCAUCAACACCAUCAUCUCAGUCAGCAUCAUCAAUAUUCACAUCAGCAGCAGCGCCUGCAGCUUCAACAGACCUCAGUCACUAUCAGCAGCACUCAGCACCACCACCAGCCGCCGCAUCAUCGUUUCCCUUGCGAAAACAGGCCCAGUAGCGGAGUCGCGACAUCCACCUCAGCAUCAGCGGGAAGCACAGCGGCAGCAGCAUCGUUUGGCCAGCGACGUGUCGGCAGCGGUGUACCGUUGCGCCACGAAUCCAGGUACUCAGCUGGACGGAACGAACUCUGCCACGAGUCCCCAGACUGCACAUAUGGAAUAAGCGCAGAAAAUCGUCUCAUUCUGGAUGCGUUUGCUCAGCAGUGCAGUCGUGUCCUCAGUUUGCUCAAUAGCAAUGGGAGGUUGAUGGACAUGCAGCCCACGCUGGGCCCUCCAACCUCUUCCCUCACCUCUCACAUCAAACAGGAGGAGGGAUGUGCAGCAGAAGGAGACAGACCAGGGCUAGGAGGAGGUGGACAUAAACCAAGGCUGGACGAGUCUUCGGACCAGGCCCGGGAGGACAAGGACAGUGCUCAGCGUGGCCAGUGGAACCAGCAGCAGACCUCUGCUUUCCUGCGCAUCUUCACUGACUCGCUCCAGAAUUACCUGAUGGUCGGACAGCAGAGCUCCGAAGGUGAGCGCAGCCGCCAGGCGGAUCCUGAACCAGUGCCGUCUACGUCGCCGACACACAACCUGGGCGGAUGGGCUUCCCCGGCUCCCUCCGAGUCCUACGGCCACCCCUCGUCCACUCUGCCUGAGGAAGACGAUGAGGAGGAAGGGUGUUGCCCACGGUGUAUUGAGUUGGAACAGGAGGUAUUGUCCCUGCAACAGGAAAAUGAAGAGUUGAGACAUAAACUGGAGACUGUACCAGCUCCCAAUCAGAAUGUCCUUGACUUCUUCAAGACUGUCCUCCAGCAUCACAACCAGUUUGUCCAACCUACAUCUGAAGACCAGCUUACAGAGGGCAGUAAGCAGCUUUUGGGGAACUACCCUCUGUUUAUCACCAACAAACAGUGGGAUGAGGCGGUCAACUCCUCCAAGAAAGACGGCAGACGGUUGCUAAGAUACCUUAUUCGUUUUGUUUUCACCACGGACGAGCUGAAGUAUUCAUGCGGGCUUGGAAAGAGGAAACGCUCCAUCCAUACGGGAGAUACUGGUCCAGAGAGACGACCUCUGAACCCUGUUAAAGUCACCUGCCUUAGAGAGUUUAUACGAAUGCACUGUGCCUCUAACCCUGACUGGUGGAUGCCAUCUGAGGAGCAGAUAAAUAAAGUGUUCAGUGAUGCGGUUGGGCAUGCACGCCAGGGCAGGGCCGUGGGCACCUUCCUGGGGAGCGGAGGCAGUGGCAGCAGUAGCAGUGGUAGUUUGUACAUGGAGAACUACGAUAGCCACCUGUCCCAGGAGGAGCUCCUCCUCAAGGGCUCCCAAAAUGGGCUGGCUGACUAG